UAUAUACUUCGCCAUGCUAGCUCCCUUAGCAGAGACUCGUUGCUUUCCACAAUUGAAAUUGUUUGGGUGUAUGAAAUAAUUUCAUCUGUAUCUUAAAUAUUAUUUUUGAAAACCAGUUUUAUCUUAACUUAAAAUAUAACUCUAUAAAAAAUGGGCUCCCCUGAAGAAUUUCAAAAGCGAUUGACUCAAGAAUUGGAUAAGAUGAAAGUUAUUCAGAAAGACAUGCAGAAAGUUAUGUCGGCUAAACAGACCUUAGAUGGUCAGUUAUCUGAAAAUAAAGUGGUCAAAGAGGAGUUAGAGUUCUUAACACCUGAAAAUAAAGUGUACAAAAUGACAGGUCCUGCUCUAGUUGUUCAAGAUAUUGAAGAAGCAAAGCAAAACGUAGAGAAGAGAAUUAUGUUCAUAUCAUCUGAAGUUAAACGUAAUGAUGAACUAUUCAAGGAUCUAAGUUCUAAGCAAGAUAAACAACAAAAAAUUUUACAGAAUCUACAAAAAGAGUUCACUGAAAAGCAUAAAGUUCCUCAGUAAGAAACGUCUGAGACUCUCAGUUUCCAUGCUUCAUUAGCUUGCUGUGUUAAAUUUUGAACAAAAAAGCUUACAUCAUACCUAUUAUUUCUUAACUUACAGCUAAUAAUGUGUAAUGUGGGAAGAUGAUUUAAAUUCAAUAAUAAAUAAGUAUAAUUUGGUAAUAAUUAACUUCUGAACAAUGUUAAAAAAAAGAAUAUGUCUCAUUCAAAUGUGUAUUGAAGCAUUGUUUUACGCUUUCAUGGCAAUUGUUUCUGCAAUUGGCGUAACUUUUAAUCCUAAUAUUGCUAACUCACAUAUAAUAGCUUAAAUUAUUUCCUUGAAUAAUUUCACGAUAUUGAAUAAUGAUUUCAUGAUAUGACUUAAACACUUAAUAUUUGUCUGGAAAAAUGAAUGAAAGAUUGGUUUUUGUCUUGUUA